AGUACUAUAAUAUGUAGAAUUGCUUUUGGGAAAAGCUAUGAGGAUGAAGGACAUGAGAGGAGUAGGUUUCAUGGAAUGUUGCAUGAGUUUCAAGCUUUGUUAAUGGAAAUCUUUGUUGCUGAUUAUAUUCCAUUUACGGGUUGGAUUGAUAAAGUAAGAGGAUUGCAUGGUCGAGUUGAUAGAAAUUUCAAGGAGUUUGAUGAAUUUUAUCAAGAGAUUAUUGAUGAACAUUUGGAUCCAAAUAGAGAACAAAUUAAAGAUGAAGAGGAUAUUGUUGAUGUCUUACUCAAAUUGAAGAAACAAAAUUUGUCUUCAAUUGAUCUCACUUUUGAUCACAUCAAAGGAGUUCUUGUGGACAUGCUUGUAGCUGCAACAGAUACUACAUCUGCCACAUUAGUUUGGACUCUAACUGCCAUAAUACGAAAUCCAAGAGUAAUGAAUAAAGUACAAGAGGAAAUUAGGAACGUUGGAGGUAAACAAGAAUUCUUAGAUGAAAAUGAUAUUCAAAAUUUUCCUUUUCUGAAGGCAGUGAUAAAAGAAACACUAAGAUUGUACCUACCAGCUCCACUUCUUGUUCCACGAGAAUCAAGAGAAAAAUGCGUUAUUAGUGGAUAUAAUAUUCCGGCCAACACAAUAUUGUAUGUGAAUGCUUGGGCUAUUCAGAGAGAUCCUAAUGUUUGGAAAAAUCCUGAGGAAUUUUACCCGGAAAGAUUCUUAGAAAGUUCUAUAAAUUUUCUUGGACAAAAUUUUGAACUAAUUCCCUUUGGAGCUGGUCAUAGAAUUUGUCCCGGAAUGCCUAUGGCUGUUGCAUCAAUAGAACUUAUCCUUGCCAAUCUUCUUUAUUCAUUUGAUUGGAAAUUGCCACAUGGAUUGAUAAAAGAAGAUAUUGAUACUGAAAUGUUGCCAGGAAUCACUCAACACAAGAAGAAUCCCCUUUACCUAGUCGCCGAGAGUCCAAUAUAGAUGCAUCUAUUUAA